AUGACGGCCUACCAGCCAAUACCCCUAGCGACCCCAAUGGAUGUAAUGUCCAGGAUAAUACCCACACUAGAUCAAAAAAGAUGGUUAGAACACGAUAUCAAACAUAUUGAACAGCUAUAUGACGGGUGGGAAAUCAUGCAAUUCCCGGCACUGCAAACCAUGUACAAUCUCCCCAGUCGAAUCCUGUUUCCGUACCUGCAACUUAAGUCAUGCCUGGAGCACACCCGACCCCAAACACUACACGAUGAACCACACCAGAAAUUAUCUACUUUUGAAAAAAUCUGCACAAACGCACUGCCCCCAAAAAG